GACGCCGUGGCUGCCGACAUUAUCAUUUCAAAAUACAUUCCGACAACAGCUGACUGUGAUGUUCGUUUGUAAAUUUUAUAUGAAAUAAGUGUUGUGUUUGAAAAAAUAAUAUAUAAUAUUUUAACUAUACACCGUUUAAAACCAUAAUGCUGGCACUACUUCUGUUAUACAUCUCAAGGGUUCAACCUCAGGAGAUUACAACACCUGCCUCUCUGCUGGGGCCACAACACUUCAACUAUCACGCAUACCGGCUCACUCCAGAAGACAUUAAUCCCACCAAGAAAGGUCCCGUAUUGUUUCCAAACGAUUCCCCCCCUCCACCCCGUCCUCCCCUAGUUGUAACUUCUCGUCCUAUUCUAGAAUCUAUAGCCAGAAGCGAGCUGAAUCCUCUACCUCAAAAUAACUCGACACCAGAAACCAAACAAACUGAUAAGGCUUUUGGUGAGUCAGCUUCCGAUUCGAACAUAUCAAACAAUCCGUAUCAGAAUUUUGUGGAUGUGGAUUUAAUUGGAUUGAAUCCAGAAACUCAGGCCAGCUCCUACGCUGUGCCAUACCCGGAUGUAGUGAGAAACGGAUUUUAUGAUUAUCCUGAUAUUAAUAAAGGAUACUAUAUUAAACAGAGUACAUUGCCGCCGAUUUACAAGGCAAUAUCGGACAACGCGAACCGUGAACUCGCAAAGUUACGACAGAAACCGAGCCGAUAUAACACACAGGAAAAUGAUUAUGACAAUUAUGAUGAUAAACAAAGCAAAGAAGAGAAUAAUUACGCGUUCUCGUACAGAGUGAACGAUCACAUAACCGGUGAUGAUUUUUCACACUCACAAAGAUCUAGUGGGUCCGCGACCAGCGGCGAAUAUAGAGUUCGGCUCCCCGAUGGUAGAAUGCAGAUAGUGUCUUACACAGCCGACGAAAACGGAUACAAAGCUGACGUGAGAUACGAGGAUGAAGGACAAACACACAAACAGGAAAACAAUUUGAAUUUUAUACAAAAUCAAAAACAAAUCGGUUACUCAUCAAAAAAUUACUACGAUACAAGUACAAAUUACUACAAACACAAUCCGAAAAUCCAACAAAAUCCUUAUUUAUCCGAUACAAAUGACUACUCAGAUGACUUCCAAUACGAGUCCAAUAAUCCACACCACAGCAAAUUUUCUAUUUACGAUCCCAAAUUUUCGACAAUCCGUCCCGUAACUACGAAUGAAUUAAGCGAUUCAGUCAAAUACGAAUCCAGUACGAAAUCUGUUAUUGUUUCAAAUGGAGAUAUCUAUACAACUAUAAAACCAUCUCUUCAAUCUCUUGUCAUCUCUCCAUCUCCAAUUCCAACUCUAUCUACAAUUCAAACCCAAUCUACCAUUCCAACUCUCUCUCCCUCGUCGUAUCUCGCAUCAACUAUAGCCAACUUAAGGAACAGAAUCGCAUCCAAGCCAAUAUUAUCCAAAAGCUUUAUAGAUAGAAUCAACAGAUAUAUAACUUUUUGAUAAAAUAUAAGA